UCUGAUGACUACAACAUGAGCAACAGCAUAAAAUCAUUCUGGCGACCAAGACUUGGACUACGUCCGUUGAUCUCAAUAGUCAUAGUUUCUAUCGGUAUGAUUAGUUUACUUAUAACAGUACUCGUUUUUCAGACUUGGUCAGCUAGAGCUGAGGAUUUCAGCUCACCAUGGCACUACAAAUGCAUAGAGCAAAAAUGUAAAAAGUUUGAGAUUACUCCGGAUGUUGUUUCACCCUUAUCCUCAGAAGUUUGUCAAUUAUUCUGUGGUCUCGGAUCACUAUGGCCAAAGCCCACUGGUCAUUUCUCUUUUGGCAACUUUGUAGCUCAUUUAGAUCCAGAUAAAAUUGAUUUAUGUGGCACUAUACCGAAAUCAGCUGUAGGAACUCUUAUGUACCGUAAUCUUGAUAUUUUCAAAGAAAAUACCAAGAAACUCGGCGGAAAUAAUGCUAAGAAAGGCGGUUUAUCACUUGGUAUUUCUAUUAAAGGUCUUAAAAAGCCUGAUGACGUUCAAUUGACUUUAGACACUAAAGAAAGUUAUCGUUUAGAAAUUAAUCAACCUCUUAGUGACUCAAUAAAUGCGACAAUUACGGCAGAAACCUAUUUUGGAUUACGCCAUGGCCUUGAAACUUUGUCGCAAUUAAUUGUUUUUAAUGACUUAAAUAAUGAAAUUCAAAUAGCACGAGAUGUUUAUAUUGAUGAUGCACCAGUAUAUCCAUAUCGUGGUAUUUUGUUAGAUACUAGUCGUAAUUUUAUGGACAAAGCAUCUAUUAAACGUACCAUCGAAGCUAUGUCAAUGUCAAAGUUAAACACGUUCCAUUGGCAUAUCACUGACUCUCAUAGUUUUCCAUACUCCAGUAAAACUUGGCCCAAAAUGACCAAGUAUGGAGCAUACACGCCUUCCAAAAUUUAUACACAAGAAGACGUCAAAGAAAUUGUAGAUUUUGGUUUACUUAAUGGAGUCCGAGUUUUGCCAGAGUUUGAUGCUCCCGCUCAUGUAGGAGAAGGAUGGCAAUGGGUUGGAGAUGAUGCUACUGUAUGUUUUAAAGCAGAACCUUGGCAAAAAUAUUGUGUUGAACCACCUUGUGGUCAGCUUAAUCCUACUAGCGAGAGGGUUUAUGAAAUACUGGAGGGAAUUUAUAGAGACAUGAUUCAAGACUUCCAACCAGAUAUUUUCCAUAUGGGUGGUGAUGAAGUAAAUGUAAAUUGUUGGAACUCUUCCGAUGUAAUUCGUAACUGGAUGCAGCAGAAGAUGGGAUGGAAUUUGUCAGAGUCAAGUUUUAUUCAACUGUGGGAUGUUUUCCAAGAGCGAGCUUACGAGAAACUAAAAUUAGCAAAUGGUGGGAAAGAUAUACCGGUUAUCUUAUGGACAAGUAAGCUUACUGAUGAAGAAAAUUUGAAACACUUGGAUCCAACAAAAUAUAUUAUUCAGAUUUGGACAACAGGAGCUGAUAAUACUAUUGACAGAUUGGUUGAAAAUAAUUUCAAAGUUAUUUUCUCGAAUUAUGAUGCUUUGUACUUAGAUUGUGGUUUUGGAGCAUGGGUAGGAGAAGGAGUUAAUUGGUGCGCACCUUAUAAAGGAUGGCAGAAAGUUUUUAUGAAUUCUCCAUCAAAAAUACUUAAACAAAAAAACUUGGCAUCAAAGAGUCAUUUGAUUUUAGGUGGAGAAGCAGCUUUGUGGUCUGAACAAGUUGACAGUGCGUCAGUGGACUCACGUUUGUGGCCUAGGUCAGCGGCAAUGGCAGAAAGAUUAUGGGGAGAACCUGAAUGCUCUUGGGAGCAGGUAGAAUAUCGAAUGCUAAGACAUCGAGAGAGAUUAGUUCAGCGAGGAAUAUUUGCAGAUAGUUUAGAACCAGAGUGGUGUCUUCAAAACCAGGGUCACUGCUAUUUGUAAUUUUUUUAUACUUGUACAAUAAAGUAUCUUUUUACGUAUUCA